AUGAUUGACAAACCACUUGGCGGAUCGAUUCAGAGUGUAAGAAUUCGCGAGAAAGAGCUCGCACUCAUGUGUGAGAUACUGUAUGAGCAUUCAACACAGCGCAUCAGUGUUGGGGGCCCGGGCUUCGCCGAGGGCAUGAGCUCGUCGCAGCUCAAGUCAGCUACCUCGGGCCACUUCACGAUGGGGCCUCAAGCGGGUCUGGCCAGAGUACAGGCAAUUGAUUUAUUGACAAACCCAUGCCCAGCUGAAGUUGAACCUCCGACUAUCAUUAUCUCAGCCAUACCCCAAUUCACCAAGGAUGGCCCUGUCCUGCCUGAUUGCACACUGCACCACAUCUGGACCUCGAGUUCUACCGGUGGCGUAGCUGUGGAUGUAUGGAAACACCCCUCUUUUAUCACUUGCCUCCACUUUGUUCGUACUGACGGCUUCCCCUAG